AUGUUCCCCCAUACCAUCAUCCUUGUCAUGGUCAGCACCUUAACCAUCACCUCCUCAGGCGUAGCCCUCUCCGCUACUCAAGACCAAGUUUCCAGCAAGCGAGAUAUGUCAUCCGUCUGGCUGGCUCAAGCAGAGGCUCAAGCCAUGGUCCCCCUCAAGCGGCGCAACAAUGUUGUUCAACCUGCUGGUACUUACAUGAAGCCUCACCGAGACUGCGACGAUGACGAAGAUGAUGGUGAUGAUGAUGAUGAUGAUGACGACGACGAGGACGAUGAAGAUGAUAAUGAUGAUAAGGACGAGUGGGACGAGGGCGAUAACAAUGGCAAUGGACACCACGGCGGCCACCACGGUAACAACAAUCCCCACACCGAUAUUGGACACGGCACCAACGGCAGACAGGGGAUAAUGGAUGGAACGCAUGAUGAGUCGGGGACAUUUACGGGUACCUACACAGAGACGAUGGUUCCUGGCGCGACUGCGACGAACCCGGCUGGCCAGCCCGAGAUGACUGGUAGACCCUCGACUGCUUCAGUUGUUAACACCCGUAGUGGUGCAGGACUCGCGUUGGUCUCGCUCGUCUUGGCCGCCUAUUUCAUGUAA